GGAGAGAGGCGGGCCGGGCGAGUGUCCGAGCCGGCGGCGCUAUGGCAGGGCAGCGGGUGAACGUGAACGUGGGCGUGCUGGGCCACAUCGACAGCGGCAAGACGGCGCUGGCCAGGGCGCUGAGCACCACGGCCUCCACAGCAGCCUUCGACAAGCAGCCGCAGAGCCGCGAGCGCGGCAUCACGCUCGACUUGGGCUUCUCGUGCUUCUCGGUGCCGCUGCCGCCGCGCCUGCGCCCGGCACUGCCGGCGCCCGGGCCCGGGUCCGAGCCCGGCGAGCCGCUGCUUCAGGUCACGCUGGUCGACUGCCCCGGGCACGCCUCCCUCAUCCGGACCAUCAUUGGCGGGGCCCAGAUCAUUGAUCUGAUGAUGCUGGUCAUCGACGUGACCAAGGGAAUGCAGACCCAGUCAGCAGAAUGCCUGGUCAUUGGCCAGAUCGCCUGCCAAAAGCUGGUCGUGGUGCUCAACAAGAUAGACCUCUUGGCAGAGGGGAAGAGACAGGCAGCGAUUGACAAAAUGACCAAGAAGAUGCAGAAAACCCUAGAGAACACCAAGUUCCGAGGGGCACCCAUUAUACCUGUGGCCGCCAAGCCUGGGGGACCAGAGGCCCCUGAAACUGAAGCUCCACAGGGCAUCUCAGAGCUCAUUGAGCUCCUGACAUCCCAGAUUUCCAUUCCAACAAGAGACCCCUCGGGGCCAUUCCUCAUGUCCGUGGAUCACUGCUUCUCCAUCAAAGGCCAAGGCACUGUGAUGACGGGGACCAUCCUCUCAGGCUCCAUCAGCCUCGGCGACAGUGUGGAGAUUCCUGCCCUCAAGGUGGUGAAGAAGGUGAAGUCCAUGCAGAUGUUCCACAUGCCCGUGACCUCGGCCAUGCAGGGAGACCGGCUGGGCAUCUGUGUCACGCAGUUUGACCCUAAGCUGCUGGAGCGUGGGCUGGUGUGUGCCCCUGAGUCCCUGCACACUGUCCAUGCGGCCAUCAUCUCCGUGGAAAAGAUCCCGUAUUUCCGGGGGGCUCUGCAGACCAAGGCCAAGUUCCACAUCACAGUGGGCCACGAGACAGUCAUGGGCCGCCUGAUGUUCUUCAGCCCUGCGCCUGAUGCUUUUGACAACGAGCCUGUGCUGGACUCCUUCGACUUCUCCCGGGAAUACCUCUUCCAGGAGCAGUACCUUUGCAAGGAUUCAGCAGGUCCCAUGACGGACAGGGAGGAGGCCGACAAGAAGGAGGGCCCGGCCGCAGAGAGCCGCUGCCCUCGGCAGCAGUGGGCCCUCGUGGAGUUUGAGAAGCCCGUCACCUGUCCCCGGCUGUGCCUUGUGAUCGGCUCCAGGCUCGAUACGGACAUUCAUGCCAACACAUGCCGGCUGGCCUUCCACGGCACCCUGCUGCACGGGCUGGAGGCCAAGGACUAUGCCGAGAGCUUCCUGCCCACGCUGAAGGUGUUCAAGCUGAAGCACAAGCACGGCCUCGUGGAGCGGGCAAUGGACGACUACAGUGUGAUCGGACGCUCCCUGUUCAAAAAGGAGACCAACAUUCAGCUCUUCGUGGGACUCAGGGUGCACCUGUCCACCGGGGAGCAGGGGGUUAUCGACAGCGCCUUUGGCCAGAGUGGCAAGUUCAAGAUCCACAUCCCUGGUGGCCUCAGCCCCGAGAGCAAGAAGAUCCUGACGGCUGCCGUCAAGAAGCGGGGCCGGGCGGGCCGUGGGGAGGCGGCCCCGCAGGAGGAGGCGGCCGAGCGGCCCGAGCCCACGCAGCACGUGGCACUCAGCCUGUCUUUCAAGCGCUACGUCUUCGACACCCACAAGCGCAUGGUGCAGUCACCCUGAGUGCCCAGUGACCUCCCCUAGGGCCACGUUGCUGAGGCCCACACCACGCUGCAGUGCCAAAUGCCCAACCAGAUGUGCCUCAGCCUCCCUCAGCUCCUGGGCUUGGUGUUCGGCCCCAGUGAGAAGCCAGGGCUUGUGGGGAGUAAUGAUACUGGUUCAGGGCUGGGAGGCUGUGCCACUGCACGCUUACAGCCUCCUCCCAGGACAGCGGCCAGGCCCAGCUAGGAAAGGGCGUUGGCCAGAGACAGCCAAGGUCUGUCUCCCAGGCUGUCCCAGCUGUCGGCCAUCUGGGGCCAGACUCAGCCCGAGUCUGUGGACAGGCACUGGACAGCUGCAAAUAAAAGUCCUGUGGCCCCACCUGCUCUGCUGCUCUCUCUCUGGUUUCAUGCCCUGCCCAAGGUCUAUUCCCAGGGGGUGUCAGAGGCGUCGCCAGGGCUUCUGCGGGCAGGGCUGGGCCCCCAGCUCCCCAGGGAGCUACUGGAGUCUGCAGGGCAUCGGGCUCCUCAACUCAACCAAGUGGCUCCUGGGGUAUCCUGGGCCUCCAAGGAGAAUUGGGGUGGGUGCUGGGGGCCAGUGGGCUCCCAGCCAGGGCAGAGUAAGGUGGAAGAAUGCUCCUUCCUCCCUACACCAGGAGUCCCUGGGCCCCUUCUCUCAAGUUCGGGGAACACACAUUCCCCAAGGGGCAGAGGCAAGGGUGGUUGGUGGCAGUGCCCAGUGCAGAACCAGUUGCUGGGCAGGAAGCAGAAACGUGGGCCCUGCCCGUGUCCACCUCUGUCCUGACCUGUACCCACAGACCACCCAGCAGCUCGGGGCUGUGGACACUCAAGAAAGGGUGAAAUGGUGGAACCGACUGAUUGUGGGGAAAUCAAAGCUUUUAAAGACAUUUGUGCAGUGAACAGAUGUUCAGGCGUUCCAUUAUUUGGCCUCCAGACGGACGCAGAGGCCUCCCUUUUAUCCCGGUAAUCGGUGCAUUAUGCUUUAAUUUGCAAAAAUGGCAUUAAAAAUAUUA